AUGAACGAUACUGCCACCACUACCGAUACAAAAAAGACGCGAAUUGAAACUCCAAUCGCAAAUUUAUUUCCACUGGCUCAUGAACUUUUAACUUCGUCAUCAUCUCCGCCUGAAUAUCUACUCGGUGCUACACUGAACUUGCAUCGAAUCCUCAAGAAAAACAUCAAACUUCAAACAACCACAGUUUCGGCGACAGGCAAAUGGCUUGCACGUUCCAAUAAUACAGGGGAUCCAUACAGUAUUGAAUUUAGUGAAUUGAAAGCUUUAAAAGAAGUGUUCCUUAAUAAAAUAUCUCUUACGAUUAGCCCGAAUUCGACAACACAAGAGAAAUUCGUAAUCAAUGCUAUCGAGAUGAUCAAUCAAGUUAUCUCAAAUGAAUCUAACAAUGAGCCAAUCCUCUUGAUUACAAGAUCGUCUCAAUCCUUAAAUAUCAUUCUCGAGAAUAUCAUCACCUUUAUCCCGAAUCUAAUCCAUUGUGGAUCAACAGAAGAAUGUACAGACGAUUUACGCGAGCGCAAUAUCGAUCGCCUCUUGCAAAAAUCCUCGUUAGACGAUCUACUAUCCGAGAUCAAAACUUCAAUCAAAAAAUUAGAAAUGUAUAUGGAAUUGCUUAAAGCUACAAAAGUAACCGCUGUAAGUGAUGAUUCAUUUGUUAACAAUGCUCCCCAAAGUAUCCGUGGGCAAUUCAAAGUAGAGUCUAUCAAUUUACUACCAGCAUGGCUCAACGGGAAUAAUCCCCAAGAAGCGUUAAGUAAUAUUGCAAAUGCCAGUGAUUCUGCCAAUAUCGACAAGCAACUGUUGCCACAAUUUAUCUUAGACGACAUAAAUGACAACAUAAGAGAAAUGUGGGAAAAACAUCUCACAAAAUUAAAUAAGAUCUGGAAUCUUCCAUUGUCUAUUCGAAAAGAGAUUAGAAAAUCGCAUGACGAGAUAAUUACAAACCAUUUACACAAAGAAAUAAACGAAACUAGUCACGCAAUCGCAACUCUCAAAGAUAGUAUAGAAGAGAUCGAGAAUAUAUAUAACAUCAAAUGGCAUAAAACUGUAAAAAGCUCACCAUUGAUUGGCAUGGAUAUCUCUUGCGCAUCACAGCAUCGAAAUUUCAUCGAAAAAUUUGAGCCCCGAGUUAUCAUUGUAAAUGAAGCAUCACUUAUACCUGAAGAAUCAUUAAUUCCGUUUUUGUCUUCGCAUAAUCUCGAGCAUCUCAUAUUAGUUGGCGAAAAAAAAUCCAUUAAAAAUGAUAUUUCUCUUUUUGAGCAUCUUGUAAGACAAGGGGCACCUCAUCAAAUAAUUAAUCUUCCUCGAAAAUCGAGUAAUCCAUCGUCUACACCACAUAAAAAUCUUCACCAAUCCAAUAAUGAUCCAGCCGAUAAACUUGAAUCAAGUAAUUCAUCGUCUGCACCACAUAAAAGCCUUCACCAUUCCGAUAAUGAUCCGGUUGAUAAACUUCAUACGGAAUCACCACCACCACAGCCACAACCUAAUAAUGAUACCCUUAAUGUUAAUAUAAUCCAAGAUCCAAUAUCUUCAUCUGCUACUCCUAAUAAUAAUUACAAGAGCAAUUCAGUAAAUCCAUGGAAUACAGCAAAACUUGUAAAUUCGGCGUGGUGGUUGUCCAAAUAG